CUCACAGGGAAAACAAGACAAAGCUGCGAUAUUGUCGUCAGUACAAACUCCAAGAUGGCCACUGAAAUGCGAUCUCAACUGUCGGGCGUUGCCUUCCAUGAAGACGACCAGGCAAAGGAAAUCAGGCAGAGUAUCUGUAGCAAAAUUUUCAAAGACACUCUAAGUGGAAUCGAGGAUGUAAUUGUGGAUUUCCUACUGAAUCGACAGGUAGUGCACAAUUUGACAGAAAGGAACAUAGUAUGCAUUAGUAAAGCUCAGAAGGGUGUAAUGAAAAGCCAAAAGUGUUGUGGGAUAACAGUGAUUCACCGGCUGAUCUGAAUGAGUCGUACGUGAACUCUUUUUACAUACUGUGGUGUAAUAGCCUAACCAGUCAUACAGAUAGAGAAUAGUUAAAUUUCUUUCCCUGAUCAUGUUUUGUUCACCAAACUCACCUGCAAUUACAGCACGAACUACAAGAACGGUCAAAACCUGCAGGCGAAGGCUGCGCUACUCGCAUGGUCUUCGUUCCGGUACUGUGUCGCCAGAUGGGGUUGAAGGUUGCUCAAUGCAAGAAGUUUACCGAAGAUGAACUAGGUUUUCUGGUCAAAGAAGCUAUUGGUCAGAUGUAUAAAGAGUACCGAGUAUGCACCUCUGUUACAUCAGAUGAAGAACAAAUUGAACAUGUAGCUAUCCAUACGCCGAAAGCAUAAAAAUAGUUCUGACGGAAAAAGUAGAGCGAUUCAUUCAUUCAGUCACACGGGGUGGGAUUCUAAAUUUGAUUUAAGGAAUUCACAAUAGGGAAAGAGAGGUGACAAAGAAUGGGGGCACACUAAGCACUGAGACAAUCAUAAAGGACCAGAGGUGAAAAGUGACAAGUGUUAGAACAACCUGCAUACUUUUGGCAAGGAGCGGUUGACUCAUAACCUUAAAAUGUCGCGCGGGACAGUUUCCAAGAGAACUACAACUACAUGUAAGUGGUUGGCAAGGAAAGGCGGUCCCCUACCCAUAGAUAGUUAC